AUGGUAGGAAGCUAUAUUCAUGGCUGGAUGGGAUCUCCAAGAGUAGUAGAGAUAUCGAAUGUUAGUGAAGGAAUUAUGGUAAUAAAGGAAAGGAUGCCAACAAAGCCGAUCCUACUUGUUCUUGAUGAAGUGGAUCAUUGUGAUAUGUUAGAAGUACUCGUGGGUUCACCUAAUUGGUUUUUUCCAGGAAGUUUUAUUAUUUUCACAGGUAAAGACAAACGGCUUUUAUGGUAUCAUAAAGUGGAUGAAAUUUAUGACAUGGCAUUUUUACCGGAUUAUGAAGUUGUGGAUCUUUUUAGUUUGUAUGCUUUUGGCAAAAACAAUCCUAGAAAGGAUUUCGAGGGGAUCGCUUACCAAGUUGUGAAAUGUUUGCAAGGCCACCCUUUGGCUCUUAGAGUUUCGGGUGCUUGUUUGUAUGGCAAGCCUAUACGUGUAUGGCAAAGCGAAGUGGAUAGACUCUAA